UCAUAUCAAAUAUAUCAUGUUCGUUCUUCUAUUCAUAUUCAUGUAAAUGAAAAUCGAGAUGGAAAGAUUUCCUAGACUUCCCCAAACCCUCGAUCCCUAACUUUUCAUCUCUUUUUUCUUUUUUCCUUUUUCCUCAUUGUUUGCAUGAACUUCAUCUGAACUAUUAUUUCAUGGAGUCCUAGUCUUGGUCUCACUUGAGUCUACCCUUCGUAUGCGGAACAUCCGGACCCCUCUCUACUCAACCAAAUGAGGUAAACGUUUAGAUAUUGUAUCAAUUUAACAUAGGGGAGAAAUCUCUAUUGCAUUGCAUCGCUUUUGGAGGUGUAUCUAAGAUCGAGGUGUUCGAGAAGAGAUUUGAUACCUGCAGACAGUCCAGACAGCAAUAGCUACAAUAUCUACAAGAUCUACCAUAUAUACAAUAUUCUUCUAUCGGUCUGAUCCUCUCUCUCUAUACAAAAGUACUUGUUGAUUUAUUUCAUUCUCUCAUUCUCUCCCUUCCUCUCUCUCUCUCUCUCUCUCUAUACAUCUACAUAUACGUCUACAUCUACAAAUACAUCUACUCUCUUCCUAAAUUUACUGUACAUCGUCUAAAUCUAAACCGUUCACAUUCUUUUAUUCUUCUAUUCUAUCAUUGUGUUAUUACCUUAUUCUAUCCUCUUCUCCUUUCCCAAUAAAAUGAAAUAAUGGUUAAUGUCGCCCUCUCACUCACGUUAUCAGCUGGAAUGUCUCCUACACCCAGCAGCACAUUUUGCGGUCUUCAUCGUCCCUCACAUUCUCACUCCAAUCUAAAGAAAGACGCCGCCCAACAAGAUAUUUCCGACGCUGUCUCCACGACUUCCUCCAAAUUCCGCAAACAAUUAGUAGCAAAUGCACGACCUCUUCUUCUCCGUCGUCGCGAUACCUCAGGUACAACUCAAAGUCUGCCAAAUUUAAGUUCGAAAUCAAAAUCAAAGUCGAGUCUUCGAGAUCAAGAUAAAUUCGAUGGCGACGACAAUUCACAUUCCUCAAUUUCAGUACCACCCGGUCGAAACCUCAAGUUAAAGAAAUCUCAACCACCCGGUUCCACUUCACCCAAUUUUUCCCUCCCACUCAAUAAUAAUAACAAUUCUAAACGUCCAUCCGUCGAUUUUCAAUGGGCGCGUGAGGAUCAAUUGAGUGUUAUUCUAGAAUAUUUGGAAGAAACUACACGUAGCGGAAGUACUCCCAAUUCAGAGACUGCCGAUCCAUUAAGUCAUUCCAAUUCUAAUCCAGCAACUCCGCUCGCAUUACCGCAACCCCCCCAAACAAAAACCCCACCUCUCGCAAUCCCCGAAACAAUACGAGAAAACUUGUCUCCGACACCUACAUCAUCACCUCGCACACCAAAGUUUAAUAAAAUCGGUGUUCGUGAACGCGCAAGUAAUUCGAAAAUUCCAAGUUAUUCUUAUUCGAGAACUCCUUCUACACCUUCGACUCUCAAUACCGCUUUCACAAAUUCAUCAACACCUUCCAGACCCCAAAACCUGAUAAGAAGAAGUGAACAACGAAAUCUGGAGGAUAAAUUCAGAGAAAUAAGAGAAGGGUUGAGAGAUAAAGAUCGUGCGGAUCCAAUUGAUUUUUCAAGCAGCGCAUUGGGAAUCAAAAUGGCUAGCAGUAUUGGUAGUGAGAGGGGAACACCGGAGAUGGUACCAAGACCCAUUGCGCAUCCGCCAAAAGAUCUCGAAUCCAUAGCCCGCAUAGAUUCAUCUCUCAUCUUCGAACAUUUCACCACUUCCGAUGCCUGGGUUCUCGGAUCCGCUCUCCGUGAGCGUCUCCUUCCUCAUCCAACUCCAGUCGUUAUUUCCAUCUCCCUUUCAAACGCCAAUCAAGUUCUUUUCCACUGCUGUACCCAUUCUGGAACCAUGCCCGAUAAUGAUUCUUGGGUUUCGCGAAAGAGAAAGACGGUUUUGAGAUGGGGUGUUUCAACAUGGUAUAUGUGGUGUAAAUUUGAAGGGGAUGAGAGUGCUUUUGCGCGCAAAUAUGGAUUGGGGAAUGAAGCGGGAGAAUAUGCGAUUCAUGGGGGUGGAGUACCGAUUAGAGUUACAGGUGUGGAGGGAGUGGUAGCUUGUGUGGUUGUCAGUGGAUUGAAACAGUGGGAGGAUCAUGGAGUUAUUGUCGAAGUUAUUCGUGAUUUGUAUUAUUGAGCGGAUUUGUGAGUUUGUGCGUGCAUCGUGAGUCUAGGUGAUUUGGACAAUCGAAUAUGGACGCGGUGUUUUUUUCAUAUUCUGCGACUUGCAUAUAAAGGAUGGAUGCAUGGAAUUACGGGAUGUUUUAAACUUGGCUUGGAUGGUUCGGUAUGGUUUGGUUGAAUGGUUCGCAUUGUUUACGCGCGUUAAUGAAUGCGCACAUGGUAUAUGUUGAAAGGGGAAGUUAAGAAAAUGGAGGGAAAAAGGAAGGGAAGAGCAGCGAUGAUUGAUGAUUAAAGAGAAGAAAGGUCAUCAGCAAGAAUAGAACAGGAUGGAAUGGAGAAAAGGGUGUUUAUGUAUAUACGUAUGUAUAUAAGUAUACCCAAGCCUAUCAGUGGCUAUGGCGAUGAAU